AUGGAUUUUCGAAAAGGAAAGAGGGCUUUAGAAGAAAGCUCCACCUGCGAGCUGAUGUUUGGAGUUUUGUCUUUGCACACAGAAGGUGGCAGCUGCAGUCUCUGUGGAAAGGUUUUUAUAAGACUUUGCUUCGGGGCAAACCAGUCAGAGCCAACUGCGCCCAGUGUGGCUGCCCUCCUGGCAGGCAGCCCAUGGCCGGGGGCCAGGACAGUGGCCGGUGCCACAGAGCUGGUGCAGUUAGCUACUCCCAUGCAGCUUUCUUUUGAUAAACCAUUGUGUAAGAUGACUAAUUUUGUCAAUGAUGCACAUAUUCCUGAUCCUAAACUAAACUGUGAGUUCCCAGGAAACACAACCUCGGUUCUGCUGACCCCGAGAGGGAGAAAGGUCAGAAAGCUCCCCCAGGGCAGUGGAGCAGGCCCCCGGCCGCAGCUACGCGCGGAUCGCAGCCUCGCCGCCGCCCAGGCCGCCGCCCAGGUGUCACGGAUCGCGGGACCCGUCCAGGUGGAACUCCCAGCGCGUCUCCCGAGGAGCAACCCGGGAGCCGCCUCCCGCCCCGCCGCAGAGCCCGGGACGCCCCCGCGCAGCCCCUGCCAGCGCCCCAGACGGCGCGCGGAGGCCCCGCCCCCUGGGCCCGGCCCCGGCCCCUCGCGGCCGCUGAUUGGCGGCGCGGCGCGUCAGUCAUCUUCCGGGGCGGGAGCGCGGACGGCCGUCCCCGCCCCUCCGCGCCUCCGCGCCCGCCCGCUGUGGGGAAGCGAGCCCGGGCGCCGGCGGGUGGCCGCCGCGUCUGACAGAGCCACCGGCCGAGGCGCCGCGCCCGUCCAGCGCGCGGCCGGCAUAGCGGCGCCGAGGAGCGCCCGCGGGGCGGGGGAGCGGGAGCGGACGGCCUCGGCCCCCGCCGCAGCGGUGGGAUCUGCAGUUGGUGUGCAGCAGAGGAAGACUGUGAUUCAAGGAUCAGGAAGUGACCAGGUUCACCACUGGAUACUACUUACAAGCCAAGCCUUGGAUACCAUCUGGAGACUAGGAAAGGGCUCCGUGAUGUUGGCAGUUUCAUUUCUAGGGGCCACCCUCUGCUGCUUCAAGAGGCUGCAUUUAUCCUUAGGGCAUCGGCUGAAAUGGUGGAUUGGAUAUCUGCAGAGAAAAUUCAAAAGGAACCUCAGCGUGGAGGCAGAAGUUGAUUUACUCAGUUAUUGUGCAAGAGAAUGGAAAGGAGAAACGCCUCGUGCCAAGCUGAUGAGGAAGGCUUAUGAGGAGCUGUUUUGGCGGCAUCAUAUUAAAUGUGUUCGACAAGUCAAGAGAGAUAACUAUGAUGCUCUCAGAUCGGUGUUAUUUCAGAUUUUCAGCCGGGGCAUCUCCUUCCCAUCAUGGAUGAGAGAAAAAGACAUUGUUAAGCUUCCUGAAAAACUGCUGUUUUCACAAGGUUGUAAUUGGAUUCAGCAGUACAGUUUUGGUCCUGAGAAGUAUACAGGUUCGAAUGUGUUUGGGAAGUUACGUAAAUGUGUGGAAUUAUUGAAAACACAGUGGACUGAAUUUAAUGGAAUUAAGGAUUAUCACAAGAGAGGAUAUAUGUGCAACAUCCUUUUUUCUGAUGCCAUUCUGGAAUAUAAACUUUAUGAAGCUUUAAAGUUCAUCAUGCUAUAUCAAGUCACUGAAGUUUAUGAGCAAAUGAAGAUAAAAAAGGUCAUUCCCAGCCUUUUUAGAGCCUUGUUUUCCAGGGAGACAUCAUCUGACCCUUUGAGCUUCAUGAUGAAUCACCUGAAUUCUGUGGGCGACACGUGUGGACUAGAGCAGAUCGAUAUGUUUAUACUUGGAUAUUCCCUUGAAGUAAAGAUAAAAGUGUUCAGACUGUUCAAGUUUAACUCCAGAGACUUUGAAGUCUGCUACCCAGAGGAGCCUCUCAGGGAGUGGCCAGAGAUCCCCCUGCUGACAGAGAACGACCGCCACUACCACAUUCCCGUCUUUUAAGUCUGCUGGGAGCCGGGGACCAGCACUGGCCAGUGGCAGUGGUCACACUUGAAAGUAAAGCAUUGCUCUAAAACCAAAGCCAGCAUUUCAGCCAUGGAAGGAAUUGGGACCUUCUUCCCCCAAAUCGCAGGUAUACUGGAUGGAACAGCGCACGGAUGGUUUUGCUUUAUUUUUCAGUGAUUUCCUCCAAAGCAGCUGCACUGAUACUUUUGGGAGUUGGUGAGUUGACCUUGUCCAUAAGGGACCUGGUCACUUGACCCGAUGGCAGGCCUUUGAGAGCACAAGGAAGUUUAAUAUGGACAACAGGAGAAAAGCAAGAAGAAAACAAGUAGGAAAAAUGACUAACACGGAGAGAAUUUAUCCUUUAUGUUCUUCAUUAAAAAUCUCAUUUUGGACUGAUUUUAGAACAUCAUAAACAUGGGCUUGUUUUAUAAGCAUUACCUUCCCAGGAGUCUUUGUUGUAUAUUAAUUUUCUAGAACUUACUUGAUUAACUUUAAAAUUAUGUGUAUGUGUGUGUAUAUACAUAUAUGCUUAUAAAUACACAUAUGUAUAAAUGUAUAGUUUAUAUAUAUAUAUAAUAUACAUACAUGUAGACACAAAUAAUAACCACUACUUUGUAAUGUUGUAUAGUUCAUUUGAUAUUUCUUUACAUUUUUUUGUUAUCGCUGUAUCUGGCCAGCUUAAUAGGUUUUAUUUAGACCAAAAAAAGAUAAAUUCUGUAGAUUAAAGCAACUGAAUGACAGUUAUCGAACUGUUGCAGAAAUAUUAAACUGUGGUCUAUUUAAUGUGUA